UGUUCAAGGCUGCACAAAUCUAGCCUUUUGCCUGUAGAGUAGUGCUUCGUGUUCAAUAUCCCUCUCCCUCGGCCUCUCUCCGCAAGUUGCACGCGUCGUCUUCGCGACAGCCUGUUUCCUCGCUGCAUUCCUUUUGCUCAUCGCCUUGCAUAAUAGAGGCUAUUAUUAGAGCAGUGUGUGCCAACAUCAAUCCAUCAACGCGUAAAGGGUGAAGUUGGCAGGGUGUCCUGUGGUUCGUCUUGUGUUUCAUUCGUAUCCAGCUACAUUGGCAGUGGUGACGCUUUCUCGACCUGAUCAGAGCGUCUCUGCUUGGGGUGCCAUUCGCACCACGGCCGAGGGGAGUAGCGGACACGUGUGCGGAGGUUGUUCGGGCUUCUCAGUCUUUAUCUCCAGCACUUGCGUGAAGCGGAUCAACAACCAUGGGCUGUGUAUCGGGCUCACAGAAGUCUGGCGGUAGUGGUGCUGACGGAGCUGUAGGAGACAAUGGUAUGCCGGUGCAGAGCCAGAAGAGAUUCCCGGUGAGGAAUCUGGACGACCAGAACUCCGUCGUCGGCGAAGGAGAAAUCGAGGUAACGGCCACCGACCUGAUCCUGCACUCGUCCGGAGCAGCGCCAGUGAGAUGGCCUCUCAGAUAUCUCAGAAGGUACGGCUUUGACGAAUGUCUUUUCUCGUUCGAGUCCGGCCGAAGGUGUCCUACUGGCGAAGGUAUUUAUGCGUUUGAUACGAAGCAGGCAAAGACGAUAUUCACGCUGGUCGAGCACAAUGUACGCACUGGGCCCAAGUCCGCUGACGACCCACCUCCAGGAGAUGCCAGCCGCGCUAAUAGUGUGUCAAACGGAUCCAAAGUGACUCCGUCCGAAGAGGCAAGAACACCAGGGGCGCCAUCUGAACCCGAGCCCCCGGCGACACCACCAACGCCCACGCACAUCAAGAAAGUCGCCAAGCAAAAGGGCAUCACGUACAUCGACGUUGACGUUGUGAAAUCGGGUUCGCCAGUUAUAAUACCACCCAAGGCUGCGACGCAGUACAGUGAGAUUGAGUUCAAAGACCAACCAAAAGCUGGUGGCGAAACUCAGCUCAACUAUAUAAAGGUUAACUUUGCUGAUCAGCCACAAGCGUCUGCACCCAACAGUGCUAGUCCGCUGACGACGGCUCCCAGGACUGCCUACUCCGAUGUACAGCCAAAGCUAUCCACACCGGGCGCAGGUGAUGAGCAUGAACGACGUCCUAGUGGCACACUGUCACCAAACAGCGGGCCCAUUGCGUACACACCUAUCAACUUCAAGGCAACAGACGACAUUCGGUUGGCAAAGAUGGACGCCUAGGGAUGCACAAACAUCACUGCUGCCACCGCAAUCUAAGUUAAGCACACGGCGCAACAUCUGGAUCGCCGUGGACGAUAUUGCUUUGACCAUCCUGUGCCAGAUCAGAGUGCCAUAUGGGUGAACUUCAGCAGGCAAACUCACCACUCUUGCGGUCUGUACAUAUCCUGACUGCUCCACUCUACCUCGUAAAUUUCUGGACAUAGUCGCUCGUAAAUAAUUAUUCUAGAGUCACAUUGCUUGCAGGUCGAGGCUGUUCAAGCGUUGGACGUGGUAUGAUUGCUUCUGUGCAGGUGGGCUGAAGUAGUCUUAGCCGGCAUGGGAUGCCUUCAGUCAGACCCGUGACAGUCUAGCAGCAGUUGGUUUGCCGAACACGUGGACCAUCGCUUUGAUGCACAUCUGCAGGCUCGAGCUGGGCCUCGACAAUGUAUAUACAGCCUUGAGUGUCACGGCCUUCCUUCGCACGAUGUUUGAUACCAGCUGCAGCUGCAAAUCUGCAUGCCACUGUGGGGCACAUGUAACGCUACUAGUUUUUGUCUACGCCAGGCUAGUUAUCGCUCUGCACCUACUUGGCUCAAUUCAGGCGUUCCGAACGUCAUGACUUUGCCGGUAUUUCUUGAGCUCGACACGAUUUUGUGAUUCUAUUAUUGUCAAGGCUGAAGGAUGCCUCAUCGUCCUGUACAAUAGUGGAAGGCUCCGGCCAGCAUGCGUGCUUGCAUUAUCAUUGUAUUAGUCUGGUGUUGGCUUGUGAACUAAGCUUCUGUACUCCCUGGCGGGGACUUGAUUUUUUUGCUCUCCCCUUCAGCGUUGAACAUUUUUUUCUACCGUUCGCGGGCUUCUAAAUAGCCCCUGCUGUACUAAGUCCGGAUGUUUGCGCACUUGUUUGUCUUGUCGCUGCGGUUCUCGCACCUCUAUUUUCUUUCUUGUACGUGUACGUGUGCAGGCAGCAUUCUUUUCUCAAGAAUUCCUGACCAGGCUCGUACACCUACCUGACCAGGCUCGUACACCUACCUGACCAGGCUCGUACACCUA